AUGGCAGAAAAUAAAAAGAAGGUAGACGAUGAUACUGGUGUGACUGAACCGCUAACUGACGAUAACGUUGGAUUAGCGAAAUCAUUAACUUUAUUUAACGGUGUCUCAAUUAUUGUUGGAUGUAUUAUUGGUUCUGGAAUAUUUGUUUCGCCUACUGGAGUUCAGGAAAAAGCCGGAAGCGUUGGUUUGUCACUAAUAGUAUGGACGGCUUCUGGGAUUUUUGCUGGCGUUGGAGCUUACUGUUAUGCCGAACUUGGCACUUUGAUUCGGAAAUCUGGCGGUGAUUACGCCUAUAUUAUGGAAGCAUUUGGGCCAUUUUUGGCUUUUAUGCGUUUGUGGGUUGAAGCUAUUGUAGUUAGGCCUUGUACUUGCACAAUCGUAGCCUUAACUUUUGCGAUAUAUAUGUUACGUCCAUUUUUCCCAAAUUGCGACUUCCCUGAUGGUUCUGCUCCGUUACUCGCUGCUACUCUAUUAGUGAUACUAACGGCGAUUAACUGCAUAUCCGUUCGGCUGGCAACAUUUGUGCAGGACUUUUUUACAGUAGCUAAAAUUUUUGCUCUUCUACUAAUUAUUGGAACUGGAAUGAUACUUCUUUUUACCGGAAAACCAGAAUACCGUGCCUCAUUCGAAAAUCUUUUCGAAAACACAACGACUGAUAUUUCGACAGCGUCAGUAGCUUUUUAUUCUGGCCUUUUUGCGUAUCAAGGCUGGAAUUAUUUAAACUUUAUCGUGGAAGAACUACAAAACCCUAAACGAAACUUACCAUAUGCGAUCGCCAUAUCUUGUGUUUCCUGUACUGUCAUCUAUGUACUCACAAAUAUUGCUCUGUACACGGUAAUCAGUCCGGAAGAGAUGCUCUCGAGCCCGGCAGUAGCUGUUAGCUUCGCUGACAAGAUGUUUGGGCCGUUUGCAUUUACAAUGCCAAUAUUUGUAGCUUGCUCUACAGUCGGUUCCGCUAAUGGCGUCAUUUUUACGUCGUCUAGGCUAUUCUAUGUCGGAGCUCGAGAAGGUCAUAUGCCCCUUGUGCUCACCAUGAUUAAUAAACAGACUCGUACACCAAUUCCUGCAGUUGCAUUUACGGGCAUACUUUCUGUCGCAUAUCUUUCGCUCUCAGGCAAUGUCUUUUCCCUUAUCAAUUGCAUAGCCAUUGUCUACUGGCUUGCUAUUGGAUGUGCAACUGCGGCAUUGUUUUGGCUGCGCCGCAAAAUGCCGGAUGCAGAAAGGCCUAUCAAGGUUAACUUAAUCUUCCCAGCCAUCUUCUUCCUAGGUUGUUGUUGCUUAGUAUUUAUUCCAAUUCUUGGAUCACCAAAAGAUACAGUUAUUGGACUUAGCAUUAUGCUAACUUCUGUACCUGUAUACAUUAUCUUUGUAGCAUGGAAGAAGAAGCCAAAAGCUGUUGAUAGCAUUUCAAACGUGGUAACAGUGUUUGUGCAGAAGUUGUUCAUGGUUGUGGACGACAAUAAAGCCGAAUAA